AUGACAACGAGGCACACGAUGUCGAAAGUGACAUUUAAAAUUACAUUGACAUCAGAUCCAAAACUUCCCUUUAAAGUACUUAGUGUGCCCGAAGCGACCCCAUUUACGGCAGUGCUAAAGUUCGCCGCGGAGGAGUUCAGAGUGGAGCCCGCCACUAGCGCCAUCAUCACUGAUGACGGGAUCGGCAUCAACCCACAACAGACCGCGGGCAACGUGUUUCUGAAACAUGGCUCCGAGCUGAGAUUAAUUCCACGAGACAGAGUGGGAAGUCCCUCAACU